GCUCGUGAGUUCCGCUCCUGCCGCCUCUGUCGCCGAGAGCCACUUCCUUAUCGGUGCAACCGAGGGCUGAGAUGAGGUGCUUUCCAGCUUUGCGGGUUUCCGGGAGUGGGAUUCUGAGCAGCGCGCGUUCCUGGAGGGCGCCGGAGGCUCGGGCUUGGCGCGCCUCGCUUGCCUGCGCUCUGCGGUGCGCUCCGGAAGGAGAAUAGUGGGGUCAGGAGAGGCCCCAGCAGUGGGAACAUUGGAUUAAUUACCUUCGGGUGUUCUCUUUGAGGACGUCUCUUGCCCGUGUCGCCACUUCCCUCCGCCUACUUUUAAAGCUUGGGUUUUUCAAAGCUUCAGCGUUUGACGGUGGGCAAGGGGCAGGCUGCAGGUGGCCGCCCGCGUUGCCGGAGGGAGGUUUGGCCGGGCGAGGCGGAGCUGACCUGGAAACCUGUCCUUGGCCACUGUCCUAUCUAAGGAACUCACCUUCCAGAGCUCGCCCGCACAGAGCUGGCGGGGUGUCCGCUUAGGAGCAGAGGCAAUGGCGAUCUUCAGGCAGCUGUCCCUGGGCGCAAAGGCCGCCCUGGCUGCCGGCACUGUCUUCGUGUCCAUGGUUGUCUCCCGGUCCUACCUGGCGGAGAGCCUGGAGUUCAGGGCCUGGCGAUGCCUGUUCCGCCUGCAGCUCGCCCUGUUUGCCAACUCGCUCAUGCUCCUCGGCUCCAUCUACAUCUGGCGUAGCACCGUCAGCAAUCUCAGGCAUUCCCCGGCUGCAGAGUCAGCCUGCUUCCAGCUCUGGAAGAUGAUCGUCGCGGCUUUCCUGGCCCUGGCGCAUUCCAGCUUCUUCACCAUGAUCUUUCUAGUGGCCGAGGAGCCCUAUCUCUUUUCCCUGGUUGCCUACACCUGCCUUGGGGCGUAUGUCAUCAUGCUCUGCUUCCUCUGUGUCCUCAGCGGCAUGGAGCAGGCCUACCAGCUCCUGGCCUGGCGCGCCGGCAGGGCGGUGGGCAGCCUUGACAAGACCAGGAAGCUGGCCCUCCGGCCGGCACUGGUGGUGGUGGUGACCACGGUGCUCAGCGUGGUGGGGCUGCUGAACGCCGCCCAGCCCCCAGCGGUGACCACUGUGGAGGUGCCCGUGCGUCGGCUGCACCCCUCCAUGAACGCCCUCAAGAUCGUGCUCCUCUCGGACAUCCACCUGGGCCCCACGGUGGGCAGGACCAAGAUGGACAUGUUUGUGAGGAUGGUGAACACGCUGGAGCCGGACGUCACGGUGAUCGUGGGCGACCUGUGCGAUUCCGAAGCCUCUGUCCUGCGCACCGCUGUGGCUCCUCUGGGCCAGCUGCAUUCACGCCUGGGCACCUACUUCGUCACGGGCAAUCACGAGUACUACACGUCAGAUGUCAGCAACUGGUUUGCGCUGCUGAUGUCCCUGAACGUCCAGCCCCUCCACAAUGAGAACGUGAGGAUUUCCGCCACCGGGGCCCACAGUGAGGAUGACAACUGGAUCUGCCUGGCUGGGGUGGACGACAUAGAAGCGAACAUCCUGCACUACACUGGCCAUGGCAUGGACCUGGAGAAGGCCCUGGAGGGCUGCAGCCCGGACCACCCCACCAUCCUGCUAGCUCACCAGCCCCUGGCUGCCAAGAGAGCCCUCCAGGCCCGGCCAGAUAUUAACCUGAUCCUUUCUGGGCACACGCAUGCUGGGCAGAUCUUCCCCUUGAACGUGGCAGCCUAUCUCCUGAACCCCUUCUUUGCUGGUCUCUACCAGGUGGCCGAGUCUACAUUUGUAUAUGUGAGCCCAGGCACGGCCUAUUAUGGGAUACCCAUGCGUCUGGGCAGCCGGGCAGAAAUUACCCAGCUCAUCCUGCGGCCCGCCCCCUGACCCCACCCCUGCCUGCCCCCCGUGCACCUGCCUCCUCGUUGCCCUUGUCCUCUGUCCCCAUCCCUCUGCAGGGCAGGCCGCCCAUCUACCCCCUCCAGCCUCCCCUGCCAACCCACACUUGUCACAAGACUGGCUGGCACCGUGAUCUGUGCUGAGGCUGCCUGGCAAGUCCAGGGAGGUUAACUCUGCAGAUGACCACCUGCUUUUUCAUACGCAUUUGUGAGGCCACUCAAGUAACAUGUGUAAGGACGGGCAUCUAUUUUCCAAAUGAUGUGAAGUAAGCCCUUCUCUGCAGAACUCACAAGGAUGUCCUGAAAACAGGGGUUGCUGAAUAGCGAUGCCUCUGGCAAGUGGAACAGGGAAGGGACUCUUGGUGUUCUAAAAAUCUUCUUUCGAGCCUAAGCAGUUUCCAGAAAUCAGUGAUCCUGAGCUUUCUGGGGAAGGGGCAGUGGGGCUAGGUAAUCUGGGAGAACAGGCAAGAUGGAGGCCCCUCUGGCUGCUGGAAAGAAGGUUUACUUUUCCCUCUUGGUUCUAUCAGAGUCACCUUUACUGAGAGCACCAGCCAAACCGUCUGGAAUACAGGGUCCCUCCUGUUCCUCUGGGCCCUGAUUGAUGCUCUCUAACUGGCUGCUGGACCUUUCGGAUUGGGGGUGGAGUGGAGGGAUGUGAGCACCACAAGAUGAAGGUCAUGGUGCUGCUGCCUAGAAUUCAGAGGGUGUUUGCCAACCUUGACUCCAUUUGUAUUACAACACUUGGAUGGAGUGAUUAGGGACAGGCAACUUGCCCUUGCUGAGCGAUGAGGAAACUAAGGCAAAGGGAAGUUAGGGCACUGGCAACAUUGCAAGGGUUGUGGGAGAUUCUGGGCUGAGAGCCAGGUUUCUGCCUCCCAACGGAAGUGUUCUUCCCACUGCCUGAAUCCUUACAGGUGAGAACGGGAUUCAAACACAAGUAACAGUAUCGAGAAGGGCCUGGAACCUGAUGUCCUUUCCAAGUGCUCUCCUUGAGGCUGAUUUCAGUUCAUCAUAACUACAUGGGCCGGCCCUGGAAGGGGGUUAGACAGUUUCAAUUCAGGGCAACUGUUAUAUGGGAGGGACAGCCAGGAAACUGAAGACCACACUCUCCACCCCAGGUUGGAGGUUCGCGCUCUCCCAGUGCGGAGGUUAAGGCUUGCAUCGGGAGUGGCCAGGGCCUUUCCUCCCUGGGGGUCCUGGCUUUGGGAUGCUGGGCUAUCUUUCCUCUCCAGCUGAACCCAUCAGAGUUACCCUUGCGCUUUGGUCAUGGAACCAGAAGGCCAUCCCUCUGCUGGAUCCACAGAAAAAGAGGCAGGGGUCAAUAUGUCUGGAGCAGCCCUGACCCCACUGGCUGGCCUCUGUGCCAGAGACAGGGGACCCUGUGACCCCGGGCUAGCAGUAAAUCCUGAUAGAAAAGGCCUCAGUGGGAAUCUUUCUGUGAUCUCUGCCCCGGGGGCAGGCAGGGUGGGGGGGCGCUCCUCACCUUCCUGCUCACUUGUCAGGCAGCAUUGGGCAAACUUGACGUCACUGAGCCUCAGUUUCCCUCACCCUGAAAUGGGGAUAAUUACUGUGUGUACCUCAAGAUUGUUUUGAGGGGAGGGUAUUAAAACAUGGUGAAAACAAAAACACAAAACACGUUCUCCAACAGUUGCCAGGGCUAGGUCACAAGGAGGCACUUGAUGUUGCUAAUUUUAAAGCAUCCCAUGGAGCAUGCAGUGGUGCUGUUGGUCCCAGGUGCCCAGAGAAAUUGCGGAGCACCCACUCCUAGGGAAUGGGAGUGGGUGCCAUGCCCAGGGGCUUAUCAGAGCGGCAGCUGCUGGCGUUGCUUUCCUCUGCCUCUCUACCUGCUUUUGGCUCCCUGUGUACACUCCGCCUGGCCAGGGCAUUUCUCCAUUUCCCCAGGCAAGUGUCAUUUACUUCUCUUCUUGGUCAGUGGAACCCUGGGGGAUCCUGGAGACCACCUCCCUUGUUUGCAGGCAGCCAAUGUGUUGACAGCCGGCCUUCCAGGCAAGUUUAAAAUGCAUCUUUGAGUGGAGAUGUCAGUGGUUUCCUUACUGUUUACCCCCUUGUGUUUAAUCGUCCUUACAGUCAGGAGUAUGUUUGGAGAAAAACUUAUCUAGAAGCAAGGAAGGGACCCUGGAGAGCCUUCCUUUGAACACAUUUUGCAGAUGGUGGGGUCGUGGGAGGGGGAAGUGCUUUGCCCUGGGCAGCGCCCAGCUCAGCUCCAGUUCUCUGACUCCCUUCUCCAUGGCAUCACUCAAGCUCCCCGCCUCUCCCUGUCUCAGAAAGGUCGCUCUCCCAAACCCCCUGACUCUCUCGUGCCUGACCCCAGCUGGGACCCCUGGCUCUCUGACUCGCUUGUUUGGAUCCCCCCAGUCUAUGUCAUUUCUGCCGUUUGUCUUCCACCUCAUGGUGCAACAGGCCGUGUGUGUCUCUCCUGCUCCAACAAGUGUUAUUUCACUGAUUUCUUCACUGGGGAUCUUUCCGGCGCCUGAGCUGGAUGGGAUUUACUUGCGUCAGUCCUGUUUUCAUCUUGCAUCUUGUCUCUUCUCCUCUGCUUGAGUGCCAGUAUUUUUUGGUCUUGUGCCCUGUCAUCCUUAUUCUGGGGUCCUUGGUUGACGGAUUCCUGUCUUAACAGAAACAGGGCAGGUGCGUCUUCUGUGCCCAAGGAAUAGUCAGCAACACUUUCUCACGCUUGGUUUAUGUUCCUUGAUUUUAUGGUGGAAGUUUUCCGAGCAGGAAUUUCUCCAUUUCUGUUCAGAUAUGGUCUAUGUAGGGGCAUGUGUGGUUUGCUCUCCAUGGUCGCCGGGCGCCUAUAUUCCCCCGUUCCUUGCUCAUUUACUGUCUUUGAUUUAUUUAUUGCCAGGGGAGGUGGUGAGAAACAUUUACUUGAAGGUUGAAAAUGCUUUCAAUUGCAUUCUAGUUUUUUUUUUUUAAUCUGUUAAAUGCAAGUUAAACAAAAAACUUUCUAAAAAUUAACAGUAGCAUGUGUAGUAUGAUACUAUUGUUAGAAAAUCCCCUUACAUUUAUCCUUCUGCUGUUCAUUCCAGACAUCCAUCCAUCCUUUUCCCCUCUUAUUUUGUUUAUUCUCUUUAAAGCCUUUUACUGGGAAAAUUUGAAAGUAUUCAUGAAGUAGAGAAAACAGCAACUGAGCUAUGUGCCUGUCACCCAGCUUCAACAUUUGUGAUUAUUCCACUGUUCUUUCUCAUCUACGCCAGCCCCACACUCUUUGUUUUUGUCUGGAGCAUAUUAAGACAAAUCUUAGAAAAUAUGAUUUCACCCUAAAAUACUUCAAUAUGAAUCAAUUUUUAACAAGUGUAUCCAUAAUGCUAUUGUAUCUGGUGAAAUUCACAGUAAUUCUUUAAUAUCAUCUAAUACCUAGUUAGGAGACUGGGGGCUAGAAGCUGUAAUAGGUCUUCUACCUCUUAAUAAGAGUGUUUUUUGCACUGUCUGAGGAUUAAGUAGCUAUAUCUAUUACAGGUAAGUAUAGGAUUCAAAUGCAGUUAACUGGAUAAGGAUUAGUUUUCAGGGUUUUUUUUAUUAUUUCAAUUGUCUUCUGUGUGUGUGAUUUUAAAAAAACACAUAACAUAAAAUUUAUCAUCUUAGUGAUUUUUUAAGUGUACAGUUCAGUGGUAUUAAGUAUAUUCACAUCGAUGUACGACAGCUCUUCAGAGCUUUUUCAUCUUGCAGAUCUAAAACUUUGUACCUAUUAAACAACAAUGCCCCUACCCACCCCCAGCUCCCGGUAACUCCCACUUCACAUUCUGUUUCUAUGAAUUUGACUACUCUGGGUACCUCAUAUAAGCAGAAUGAUACAUUAUUUGUCUUUUGUAUCACUUGGCAUAAUGUCCUCUCUGUACAUCCAUACUGUAGCAUCUGACAAGACUUCCUUUCUAAGGCUGAAUAAUAUUGCAUUACAUGUAUCUACCCCAUUUUGUUUAUUGAUCAUCCAUCAGUAGACACCUGGAUUACUUUCACCCCUUGCCUGUUAUGAACAGUGCUGCUUGAACAUGGGUGUGCAGAUAUCUCUUUGAGACACUGCUCUCUCUUCUUUUGGGUAUAUACCCAGGAAUGGAAUUGCUGGGUCAUAUAGUAGUUUCUAUUUUUCCCGUUUUGAAGAAGUUCUAUACUGCUUUCCAUAGCAGCUGGACCACUUUACAGCCCCACCAGCAGUACAAUGGUCCAGUUUCUCUGCAUCCUCACCUAAAUUUAUCAUCUGUGUUUGUUUCUGAUAGUAGUGUGAGAUGAAAACUUACUUUGGGUGUUGAUUCGCCUUUCUCUGAUGACUGGUAAUGUUAAGCAUGUUUUCAUAUGCUUGUUAGCUAUUUGUAUAGCAUCUUUAGAGAAAUGUCUAUUCAGGUCUUUUGCCCACUUUAGUCAUAGUAUUUGAUUUUGUUUGUUCGUUUUUGAGUUGUAGGUCUUUAUAUAUUCUGGAUAUUAACUGCUUAUCAGAUAUAUGAUUUGCAAGUAUUAUCUCCCAUAGACUCACUUUUAACUGUAUUGAUUGUAUCCCUUGAAGUGAAAUUGUUUUUAAGUUUCAUAUUCUAUUUGUCUAUUUUGAUUUUGUUGCCCAUGCUUUUGGUAUCAUAUUCAAGCAGUCACUGCCAAUCCCAAUAUCAUGAAGUUUUCCCCCACGUUUGUUUUUUUUUUUUUUGAGGAGUUUUAAACGUUAGGUUUUAUGUUUAAGUCUUUAAUCUGUUUUGAGUUAUUUUUGUAUAUGGUGUAAAGUAAGGAUCCAGUUUUAUUCUUCUGCUUGCAGAUAUCCAGUUUCCCCAAAACUUUGUUUAAGAGAUUGUCCUUUCUCCAGGGUGGUCUUGGCUCCUUUGUUGAUGAUCAGGUGAACAUAUACGUGACAGUUUAUUUCAGGCCCGUCUAUUCCAGUGGUCUACUUGUCUGUCUUUAUAUCAGUAACAUUGUUUUUAUUAUUAUAGUUUUGUAAUAUCUUUUGAAAUCAGCAAGUAUGAGUCUUCCAAUGUUGUUCUUCUUUUCCAAAGUUGUUUUUAGUUCUUUGGGGUUCCUUGAAAUUCCAUAUGAACUUAAGGAUGAAUUUUUCCAUUUCUGCAAAGAAUCCUCUUGAUGUUUUGAUAGAGAUUACACUGACUCUGUAGAUCACACCGGGUAAUACGGACAUCUUAACAAUCCUAAGUCUCCUGGUCCAUUAACGUGGGAUGUCUUUCCAUUUAUUUGAGUCUUUUUAAAUCUCAGUAGUGUUUUGUAGUUUUCAGUGUGUGAGUCUUUCACCUCCUUUGUUAGGUUUAUUCCCAAGCAUUUUAUUCUUUUCGAUCCCAUUUUGAUUGGAAUUGCUUAAUUUCCUUUUUGGAUUGUUCUUGUCAAUGUAUAGAAACGCAGCUGAUUUUUGUAUGUUGAUUUUAUAUCCUGCAACUUUGUUGAAUUCAUUUAUUAGUUCUAAUAACUGUUUGUGUAUGGGGGUUGGGGGAUACUCUCUAGGGUGUUCUACCUGUAAGAUCAUGUCCUCUGUGAACAGAGAUAAUUUUACUUUUUCCUUUCCAAUUGAAUGUCUUUUCUUUCUUUUUCUUGCCUUGUUGCUCUGGCUAGGACUUCCAUUAGUAUCUUGACUAGAAGUGGUGAGAAUGAGCAUCCUGAUCAUGAAAGAAAAACUUGCAGUCUGUCAUACUGAGUAUGAUGUUAGCCAUUUAUUUUCAUAUAUGGCCUUUACUGUGUUGAGGUAAUUUUUUUCUAUUCAUAGUUGAAGUGUUUUAUCAUAAAAAGGUAUAGAAUCUUACCAAAUAGAUUUCUGCUUCAAUUGAAGUAAUCGUGUUUUUAGUUCUUCAACCUGUUAAUGAGGUGCAACCCAUUGAUUUUCAUAUGUUGAAUCACUGUUGUGUUCUGAGUCCCAUUUGGUCAUGAUGUACUGAUAGAUAGAGUUGCUAAGGGAAACCCCUCGCAGUCUAGUUAUUAGGACUUAGCGCUUUCACUUCUGAGGGUGCCAAUUCAAUCCUUUAUCAGGCCACUAAGAUCCUACAAGCCAAGUGGUGCAGCCAAAGAGAAAGAAAAAGUGUUGUUGAAUUUAGUUUGCUGAUACUUGUUGAGGAUUUUUACAUCAGUAUUAACCAAGGAUGUGGAUAUUGGCCUGUAGUUCUCUUCUGUUAUGUCCUAUCUAGCACUGAUGUCAGGAUUAUGUUGUUCUCAUAGGAUGAACUUAAAAGUGUUCCCUCCUCUUUAAUUAUUCAAAUAGUUUCAGGAGGAUUGGCAUUAACUGUUCUUUAAAUGUUUGGUAGAAUUCCCUAGCUCAGUUGGUGAAGAAUCCACCCCAAUGCAGGAGAUCCCGGUUCAAUGUCUGGGUCAGGAAGAUCCCCUGGAGAAGGGACAGGCUACCCAUUCUAGUAUACUUCAGUUUCUCUUGUGGCUCAGCUGGUAAAGAAUCUGUCUGCAAUGUGAGAGACCUGGGUUCGAUUCCUGGGUUGGGAAGAUUCCCCUGGAGAAGGGAAAGGCUACCCACUCCAAUAUUCUGGUCUGGAGAAUUCCAUGGACUGUAUACUUCAUGGGGUCCCAAAGAAUGGGACAUGACUAAGCGACUAUCAGUUUCAAAGCCUCAGUUUCUUGUUUUUUCUUUGAGAUUUUCAAUACUGAUUCAGUCUUUUUACUAGUUAUUGGUCUGUUCAGAUUUUUUAUUUCUUCAUGAUUCAGUCUAUGUAGGUUGUAUGUUUCUUGGUAAGUUGCAUGUUACACAAUCUGUAGGCAUACAGUUGUUCAUAAUAGUCUCAUAAUCCUUUUUAUUUCUGUAGCAUCAGUUGGAGCAUUUUUCUUUCAUUUCUAAUUUUGAGUUUUAUCUGUUUUUUCUUAAUCUAGCUAAAGAUUUGUCCAUUUUGUUGAUCUUUUUAAAAGAUGAACUCUUUCUUGCAUUGAUUUUUUUUCUAUUCUCUAUUUCACUUGAAAAGGGAAAGUGUUAGUUGCUCAGUCAUGUCUGACUCUUUGAGACCCUGAUGGACUAUAGCCUGCCAGGCUCCCCUGUCCAUGGAAUUUUCCAAGCAAGAAUACUGCAGUGGGUUGCCAUUUCCUUCUCCAGGGGAUCUUCUUGACCCAGGGAUCGAACCUGGGUCUUCUGCUUGGCAGGCAGAUCCUUUACUGCCUGAGCCACUUAUCCCUGCAAAAAUUUGUAUUAUUUCCUCCCUCCUGUUAGCUUUAGGUUUAGUUUUUUCCUUUGAUUUCUUGAGGAAUUGUGUCACUUUAUAGUUCUUUUGUUUGAAUCAGGAUCUAAAAACAAGGUCCAUAUAUUAUAUAUAUUUCAUAAGUCUCUCUAAGUCUUUAAGAUAUCUUCUCUUCUUAUGCUGUGUCAUUUAUUUGUUCAAGUUAUCUGGAUUUAUAUCUUGGUAUUUUCCUGCAUUUUGGAUUUGUGGUGGUGUUUGACAUAUACUGUCCUUCAUAUUUUCUGUAAACUGAUAGAGGUGGACAUCUAUUAAAGUUAGAGCUAGAAGUUGGACAGAUUCAUGUUCAACUUUUGCCCUUUUUGGUAGGAAGACUCCACUGUUUUCAGGGAUGCUGAGGUUGAUCAGGUGUUGUCAGCUUGGCCCCACGACUAGAAAGUUCCACAUCAUCUUUUCAUCUAAGGUUUCAGGAGUCAUUGAUGAUUGUUGCCUGAAGUCAUUAGUAGGAAUUGUAAAAUGAUGGUUUUUUAAGUUUGAUACAUUUAAUACAGAAUGUAUUUAGUAGGCCAGAAUACCAAGUAGACUUCCUAGGAAUAAUUAGUUGUCUUUAAUCUAUUCAAGAGACAACGGAAGCUUCUUUUACCUCAGUUUUGUAUUUUGAAGGAAUUUUCGUGGCACUGAGAAAUAUAAUCCUGGGAAUUCCCUGCAGUCCAGUGGUUAAGACUCUGAGCUCUUGCUCCUGAGGGCCCAGGUUCAAUCCCUCAUUGGGGAACUAAGAUCCCACAAGCAAUACAGUGUGACCAAAAAAAGGUAUAAUUCGGCCAUCAGCCCCCAAAAUGAGGAUUUUUAAUCACAUCAUUUCUUCUGUAUUUACUAGCUAUGGUUUUUCUACAGAGAAUUCUCUUCAUCAGUUUUUUGGUUAUUCUGGAAAAGUCUGUAGCAAAGGCAAGAGCAAUGCUGAUUCUUCCCCUUCACUCUUGAGUUUUCAGGAUAAUGAACUGAUACCCCAGCAAACUUCAAGGAUGGAUGACCAAAAAGCUUUUCUUUUGCGUGGGAAGGAGUUUUCUGAAUUUGACUGUUUUUACAUGUCUGAUGUGUUUCAAUCCAGGGAAAUGUUAAAUCUUUUGAUGCUCAAAAUAGCCCAUCUUCAGCCAGUAGGAGCCCUUUCAAAUUUGCUUCUAUGUAAUUUUGUUGUUGAUAAUAGUUAUUGAUUGUUUUAGGCCUAUUUUGUAUAUAUUCUACCCAGACUUGGAUUAACUAAUUUCUUAAGGAGCGCUGGUUUCUUUUAAUGGGAAGUAUUUAGAGACUAUACUUUAAGGGACUAGAUGAGCUAAGUGCUACUGGCUAUUGUCAUUUCUAAGCUGUUUCUAUGGCUAUUGCUGGGAAAUAAAUAUUUUUUUAGAAAAAGGAAAACUUUAAGUUAUAUUAUUUAUUAGAGCAGUUUUAUGUUCAUAGCAAAAUUGAGUGGAAGGUAUAGAGAUUUUAUGAUUAUAGGAUUUUUAAUUAACUUUCUUUGAUUUUAUAUUUGCUUCUGUUUUACAUUGAAAAUUUUGGUUCUUAACAACCCAGUAUAAUUACAUAUGUAUCCUACUGUGUAUUUUAUGAAUUCAAAAUAGUUAUGAAAUAUUAAUAGGAUGAAAUCUACUGGAUGCAGGUUUAUUUGUUUUAAUGCAGCUCAAGAUAUAUUUUUAUCCUUAGUUAAAAUACUAUUUCAAAUUGACUUGAUUCUUUUCUCUGUGGAAAGUUAGGUCUUAACUUUCUUAACUGUUUUUAACCUUUAAAAUUUUAUUUUAUAUUUUUAAUUUUAUUUUAAAUUAAUGAAAUGUGCACUUACCUCUUCUCUGAGAGGAGCGGAUAGAAUUAAAUCUGUAAAUGUCUGUGAGUCCUAGAGGAUAGGGAACUGAUCCUCAACUGUGCUCACGUCUUUUCUAUUCUGCCAUCUUUCCUUCCUCUUCCACUGAAAUGUAUUCUUUCCAUCCACGGUCAUUUGGAAUGCUGAACAAAAAUCUGUUUGGAAUAAGACAAGCAUAAAUAAAUAAAAUGAGUAAAUACAUAAGCUAUAGCAGAUCAUUCACAAAUUCCUGCAGAUCCAUAUUGGUUAUCACUGUUCAUUCACUGUGGUGGUUUUGCUUCUCCAUUCUGUCUGAUGUAAUGAUGCUUCCAUGAUGUUUCAUGUUUGAAAGGGCUCCUGCUCUGGCACAAUGAAAGUGUGUUUUAUAAGUGACUGCAAUACUGCUUCUCUUUCCCCUUGUUCUGUGAACUGAGGGGUCUGGGAAGCCCAUGAGUGUAAACGCCUCUCCACCCUUGUCUUCUCCCCUUCUCUUAAUCCCAUUUUGCUCACCCCUAGGGUCCUAUCAGCCUAGAAGGGUUGUGUCUCUGUCACCCUGGAGCUGAGCAGCUCAUGUCAGGGAUUCUCCAGGCUGUGGAGCCUCUGGGGUGAGUUGAGAGGGUAUGUAGGGCCUAGGGAUGGAGGUCCAUGCAGAGGUGCUUAACUGAAUUAGAGUGAGCAACUUAACUAUCUUCACAUAAUCAGCAUGACCCAUAACUGUGAUAGCACUGAUCUCCUUUUAUUUCUUUAUUCAGGUGGAGGAGUGUGCAGGAAUAAUGCAAAUAUAAUCAUUUUUAGUCCUGAGGAUUAAGAAACUUGAGGCAUGUUCGCAUUACCUGGUGAUGUAAAUACUGAUGUUAUAUUUAAUUUUUUAAAAGAAAGGCUUAUUUACCACUGAAAUAAUCUCAAACAUUGUCAAUAACUUUAAAACUGCUGUACUGGACAGUAUGAGUUACCUGAUACAUAUUGGUCUGGGGUCACUUGUGCUCUGGCCUUUUUCUCCAGUUAUUGUAUACACUGUGCUCAUUGGUUGAGGUGGUGGGGGUGGCUUGGAAAAGCCUGGGCUUCGACUUGCUUGGAAUUACUUUUUUUGAGUGCUAUGACUUCAUGUAUUGUAAAUACUGACGCUCCCACACCCGAGCACAUGUGAAAUAAAACUGUGACUCUUCA